AGUAAUCGGCUCGUUGUCACAGUCCACUGAGCAGUGACGGGAGGAGAGGCUCUUUAGAUAGAGGGGGUGAGGUAACAUUUCUCUCCUAGGUUGGUUGAUUUUGGCUGUUUAAGUUUGUUGAAUGCAAGUUACUGGCCACGCACUGCGACCACGAGAGAGAAAGCGCAGAACAACGGCGGCGUGGCGUACAAGGUGAUAGUUGCUUUUGUGUGCUUCUGUGCGCGCCCCAAUGAACAAUAAAGGAUGGGGAAAAAGAAGAUGUCUACUUUUGGUGCAGGUGGCAAGGCGUCGAAUGGAGCCAGCAAAACCGCAUUUCUAACGGGGGAAGAACACGACAGCGACAAUGAAGCAGAGACAGAGCUGAGGGCACUGAGACAGAGCAGGAGGGCGCUGGAAGGAGCGCACCGAAGUUACGCUCGCGACAGUGAAGUUGCGAUCAGCAGGCAGCAGCAGCAGAUCAGGCAGCUCGAGUUGGAGAGAGAGAACCUGAAGUUGGCGCUGGGCGUCGCGGAAGGGAGACAGUCGAAGGACCGCGCCACGUCCCUGCGGCGUGUCUCGCUGCUCCGCAAACAAGAAGACACGGAGGCUCUCAUCGCUCAGGAGAAGGCCAGGCAGCAGCAGAUUGACCGCCAAAUUAAAACAACGAUGGAAGAAGUGCGCAAAGUGCAAAGGCCCACCGAUGAAGAGGAGGACAUGCCAAAGAAAAUGCAAACUCUCACCUCACAGGUGGAAAAGGCGGAGGGUAAGUUCAGCUCCUUGCUGACACACAUCGCAGAGAGCCGCAAGGAGAUCGAAACGAUGAGAUGGGAGAGGGACAGGUUUCACAAGGUCCUCCAGAAGCUGCAGAAGGAAUUGGAUGGGUUGAAGAGAGAGACAUCAGCAAGGAUGGAUGCUGGCAAAGAAGUUUUCCAAUCAUGGCGGGAGGCGACGGAGGAGCUGGAUCGGCGCCGUCGGAGCGCCGCCGUCGAGAGGGAGCGCCGGGAGGGGCAGCAGCGCGAGCAGAGCCGGGGAGCCGACGCCGCGAGCCGUCUCGACGCCUUCCUCCUGGACAAGAACAAGAGGCGGCAGGCGGACGAGCUGUGGCUGCGCGCGCGCAGCAAGCGAGAGAGCUCGCUGCAAAGGCAAAGGGCCGAGGGCUUCGAGACGCUGUGCGAGUACGAGGCGGCGGUGGCACAAGUCGGCAAAAUCAUCGCGGAGAGAGAGGCCCACGAGGACGUCGCAAAAACAGGUGGUGAGGCCAACGUGAAACUGGCCGGUGUGUCCGUGGACAAGCCGAGGGACGGCCCGUUUCCAGGCGGCGUCGCCGUCCGUCGUCGCGGCAGCGUGGCGCCGGUCCACGGUGGCCCCACGCCGGUUCGCCGCCGCGCCAGCGUCAUGCUGACGGAGCCGGCCCAGGGCUCGACCCCGCUCAGCCUGGGCGAGGAAGCAAGAGGGCCCCCGGCGCGUGCCAGGCACCACCGCAAUGGCAGGGCCUCCUGGAGCAACGAUCUCCGCCUGAACGCGGACUUCAUCCACGACACCUACGUGGACAGAGAGAAUGCCAACUUCGCUCUCUUCAACUACGUGACAGAACAGGAAUGUGAAAUUCGAAAACUUAAGGAUGACAUUGAAAAGCUCAGCGCUGACAUGGAGCCACGCGGGGGUGGUCCAGAGGGGACCUCUGACGAAAGGGAGAAAUCCGUGCGGGUGAACAUUUGCAAGGUCACCUCUGAGAAGGAGAUGAGCGAGAAGAAGCGGGCAGACGCCGAGAGAACGCUCGGCAAACUAAAGGAAGGAGUGUGGAAUUUGCUCAUGAAAAUGGACUGCAACUUGGAAGAGCUCAAGCAAGGCUUGGCUUGGAAGGAAGGAGUCACAGACCAAAACAUUGCCGCCUAUCUUAUCCUGAUCAAGCAAGAAGCCUCGCGGCUUCUCUCUGCCCGUGAUUACCUGCAGUCAAAGAUAAAGGCAACGGAACCUUUGGGAAAAUUGGACACAGACAACGCCAGGCCAGUCAAGAAUUCGCUCUUGGAUGUGUACACAAUGGAACUCCCGAGCACAACACUGGACUGGGACAGUGGGGAAUCCAGUGAGGAAGGCUCAGAUCUCAAGCCGCUUGAAGUAACGAAGCAAUGAUGAUGCGUUUGCGUCAUGUCCCAGCUCUCAAGAUUCACAAGACAUCACGGCGAAUCGCAUCCAUGCCAACACAAAUCUCUAUAACUCACUUUGUCCAAAUCCGUAAACUGUUGACAGCUGAACUCCAAAGUAAUCUUUCGUGAUGUUCCGCAGCCAGGAGGUGAACCUCUGUCACCCUCUACAGAGAGCCCUCCAGAGGCUCUUCUCGUGGGGACCCUUCUGCCAGCAGUGGCGUGAGAAAGCAGUUUCAGUGCAGCACCUUUUUACUUAUCUUCGUAAAAAACCUCAUCGAACCUGAAGACUUUUAAUUUUUUGCAGAGGUGCCCACUUUGGGUGAUAUUUUAUCCGAAUCAGUUCAGCUGCGACUUAUUAAACGGGGAGUGCAGAAUGCAGAGAACACCGUUGCGUGGGAGGUAAUACUACUGAAAGUCAGUCCAGUCGUCAUUUGGACAUCUCACCAGACACGAUAAAAUAUGCAUGGCCCAGUAACCUCACCACCACAAUUGCUGGAUUGCAGGCAUGCGCCACCGUGCCACAGAUAUGCUGUGGAUUUUGUGGAACACCCCGCCCCCCCGCCCUGCUAAUAAAUGAUGAUUCCACACGAGGCAGAGGAUGACCAAGAAACAGAUGAACCGAUGGAGUGAAGCAGGACGCACGAAACGUCGUGAUUUUUAUUUUGUUUUAUUUUACUUUUAUUAAUUUAAUUUUUUUACCUACGUGACUUUACCGAAAAAACCUAAAUCCUUGCAGUCACGAAAGCUUCAAAUCUAGAAUGAAUGACAUCGGUAUGUGAGCGACGGAUGGGACUUGAUAAUAAUGAUGACGAUGAUCAUCACCAUGUUUGCUGAUCAUCAUCAUGGACAUAUGCCCGCCGCUGCAAGAAGUUUCGUGGACAUGAUAGCCUCUGUAAAUUGUCAUAACGUGAAAUAUAACAAUAGGCAGUACAGCAAGCAGGGUUCUAACCAAUCACGACAGAGACUUAGGGGAUCACCUCUUUGUAAAUGUCGAUUAGCUGUUCGAAUUAUGGGGCUUUUUUUUGUUUCGGGCGAGCUGUGAACAUGAUUUAGUCCAACAAUGCUUAGCAGUCUUCUUGGUUCUUUCGGUAAAGUCACCAAGAUGAAUCCCUGCAGUCACGAAAGCUUUAAAUAGAGACGAUAAUGUGUUUUUGUAUACUGGAUAUAUAUUAGUAUAAAACACGCACACGAUGGUUUAAAUGCACCUGUCAAUUCACUGCUUGAGGCGCCACGGAGGCAAGAUGUUAGCUACCUCGCCUGGUAUGCAGGAGGUCCUGGGUUCGAUCCCAGCCCUGACGCUUGCUGUAUAUUUGGAGGUUGCAUGUUCUGCCCGUGGUCGCGUGGAUAUUUUCUUCCAGGUCCUCAGAUUUCCGCUCCACGUUUAUAAAUGUUCACAUGAUGAGCCCCUUCAUUGAGCUAUCAUUUGUGACGAGGUCGCGUCUGAAAAAGAGCACGGUUGGCUACGUACGGUGCGAAAGAAGUUCUACAUACAUAUAGCUCAGUGGGAGCCUUACCUGGUAAAAUAAAAAUUAGUACAUCGUAAAAAUUAAAUUAACAUUGGGGCAAUAUGGGAGGGAGGGGGGUAAGCGUUGAGAGGAUUGUUUAUUUAAUUACAGCCGAGCUCAGGCAAUCAAUCACUCCUGCAAUCCAUCACCACCCCACCUCGAGACACAAAGUGCUGACGCCAGUCCCAGCGCGCCCUGCGCGGCAGCUUGGCGUUCCCGCACGCGCGGGGAGGCAGCGUGUUGGCCACGUGGAGACCGUUGGUCCCGUAAGAGCCGAUAGGUGAAUAACUAUAACGUAGAAGGGAAAUAAUAAAAUAAUAAAAUAGUUAUAUUAUGUUAUUUUAUAAUGUUUUAUUUUUAUUACUUCCCUUCUACGUGACUUUACCGAAAGAACCAAGAAGAUGAAUCCCUGCAGUCACGAAAGCUUUAAAUCGAAACUACAACGUAGUUUAAUGUUGAGGUACGUGUGUGUGUCUUGUGUGUCGUGUUACCACCGUGAUCUAUGGUAGUGCGUAAAUAGAUUGCAAAAGUA